AUUACUUUUAACCAUGUGUUCAUCUUAUCUAAAUACUGUAGCUCAUGUUACUGUAUUGUGGGAACAGUUAGCAGCUUGUGGACAUAGUGGCGGCUUGUUUUUGGAAGACCAAAGUUAGGGGGGAAAGGUUCUACAGUGAGGUGGGCAGCUGACCCCCCCUUACCCCCCUGUACAGCUGCCACUGAUUUGGUGUCCUCCACAAAAAGGCUCAGUAGGGCAGAUGCUGUGGCUCAGUUCUUGAGCAGUCACCUGCCAAUCGGAAGGUUGGUGGUCCAAUCCCUGGACCCCGAUGCUGCGCGUCGGAGUGAAUGUUUGUCUGAUGAGCAGGUUGCACCUUGUACGGUAGCCUCGGCCACAGUGUGUGAAUGGUGAAUGGUUCCUGUACUAUGUAAAAGCGCUUUUGAGUAGUCGUUAAGACUAGAAAAGCGCUAUAUAAAUACAGUCCAUUUACAUACUGUUCACAACUGUGACUCACUUGACAUCCUGGAUAAUCUGCUGGGUGAUGUUCUUCAGGCCUCAGCUCAGCGCAGUGAGGCCACGCAGGUCAGCACAUCGACCAGCUGGUUUCUAAACUCCAGCUCUGUUAUACGCCUCUGGGUAACCUAUCCAGUAUUAGUAUUUAACCCCGUGUUGCCAUGUUGUCAUCCCAGUGUCAUUUUAUCACUGUAUACUUAAAUCUGACAUUUUUCACAAUACUGUCAAAUUCUUUUAAUGGACUAGUGUGUUAGAUUUAGUAGCAUCUAGCGAUGAGGUUGCAAAUUGCAACCAACUGAAUACCCCUCCCCUUAUCUGGCCUUUCAAGCAUGUAGGAGAACCCUACAUGCAUGGCCACAAAACCCGCGAAAAACACAAAAGGCCCUUUAUAGAGCCAGUGUUUGGUUUGUCUGUUCUGGGAUAUUGUAGGAACAUGGUUUGCAUCUGUUAACUGGAAUAGCUUCAUUGAAAUGGAUGAAAACAAAGACAACCUAGUUCCUAUCAAAUGAGCUUGAAAAGCAUGUUCACACUUAUGUUUUCGGAAAUUGUGGAGGGUUUGAUGAUCCUCAAAAGGUGGCAUCAGCAACUGGGAUUGAUGUUUCUCACCUGGCUGCAUUUGAUUUUACUUCUACAUGCAUAAAAUCAUAACAGCAUUAGAACAGCCUCACCAAAACAGAACAGUAAACUAUUGCCUGACAAAUCUGAGUCAUGUCUACCAGCACAUUAAACAAAGGUUUCCAGCACCUUUUUCAAUCCAUGUCACAAAGAACUGUCUAGUUCCAAAGCAGGGUCUUACCCUGAACUAGAAAGGCGUCAAAGGCUACGUUCAAACUGCAGGCAACAGUGGCCCAAAUCCAAGUUUUUUGGGCAAAUAUAGGACUCAGAUUUGUUUGUGUGAACAGCACAAAUCCCAUGGAAUCUGAUCUUUUCAAUUCUGAUUUGGGCCACUUUCACAUGUGGUCCUAAAUCGGAUACAGGUCUGUAUUUUUGCAAAGCGACCCAAGUCCUUGCAUUCAGUUGGUAUGUCUUUACCGUGAAAGGGGAUCAACUGUAGUUGUAGCAGUUGCCAGACCUAUCUCCAAAGCACUGUGCGUGUGUGUUGUUUGCAUUUCUUUAAACCAAUCACAAUAGACUUGGGCAGCGCUAAACUCUGGAUUCAGCAAUGCUGGCUCUGCAAAAUGGUCUCAGUAAGGAACUUGUUUUGGUGGAGCAUUUGCACCCUGAUGAAAAAAACUGUUCACACAAUACAGUAAUGUGAGCUAUUUAUAUUAGCUGGAUACAUGGUUAAACCUAAUUUGCCCUUACCAGUAUAUCGCCAUGUGUAACUUUACCAGUCCCAGUUAGAUAGUAAAUGCUGUAAAGUGGGCCUACCUUGUUGCAUGAUCAAAAUUUUCUUCAAAACUUAUUCGCCAUUUUCAGCAUGAAGCUUGCUAGCUCGAAGUUUGUUGUUUCCUGACGUGAACGUAGUUUUGCAUGGCGAGGGACAUCCGGCUAUCCGGCACUCCGGAUAAUCGCCGGAACAUCCGGCGCCAUUAUCUGCCCCCUGUUCAAGAGGAGUCCGGAUAUAACUAAAGCCUGGGGUACAAAGUCAGAGCAGCUGCUGAGGAUAGACGACCAUGACUUUACAAUGCGACCAGGAUUUGGAGGACUUUACUAUGACCCUGUAUCUGAGGCACUACUGGAAAGAUGAACGUCUGUCCUUUAGAAGCAACAACAACCUGAGCAUGACCUUCGAUAGCCGCCUGGUGAAGAAAAUCUGGGUACCUGACCUGUUUUUUGUCCACUCUAAGAAGUCCUUCACCCAUGACACAACCACUGACAACGUCAUGCUGCGACUUUACCCAGAUGGCAAAGUCCUCUACAGCCUCCGGGUGACAGUCACAUCCAUGUGUAGCAUGGAUCUAAGUCGCUUUCCUCUCGACACACAGACAUGCUCUUUGGAGAUAGAGAGCUAUGCGUAUACAGACGAUGACUUGAUGCUGUACUGGAAGAAAGGGAACAGGUCAUUAAACACAGACGAGAGAAUUUCUCUCUCCCAGUUCCUCAUCCAGGAGUUCCACACCACCACCAAGCUGGCCUUCUACAGCAGCACAGGCUGGUACAACCGUCUGUACAUCAACUUCACUCUGCGGCGUCACGUCUUCUUUUUCCUGCUGCAGACCUACUUCCCAGCCACUCUGAUGGUCAUGCUGUCCUGGGUGUCCUUCUGGAUCGACCGCAGGGCCGUCCCUGCCAGAGUGCCACUAGGUAUAACCACGGUGCUCACCAUGUCCACCAUCAUCACUGGAGUCAAUGCCUCCAUGCCCAGGGUGUCCUACAUCAAAGCUGUGGACAUUUACCUGUGGGUCAGUUUUGUCUUUGUUUUCCUGUCGGUGAUAGAGUACGCUGCAGUCAACUACCUGUCUACUCUAGAAGAACGCAGGGAGAAGGCACUCCGAGAGAGGCUGUCAUGUACCUGUGGUAUUGCCCAUCCUGGCAUGAUGUCAGCCAGCUACAGUGAGGUGAAUGCCAACACUACAGGGAACUAUGGCAUGCCAGAAGUGAACGGGGUGAAACAGGAGAGGAUGCUGGUGGAGCUGGCGAUGGAGAACGACCAGGUCACUGGUCACGUUGGCUCCAACGCUUACAGCAACGUCUGGAUCGACACGCAUGUCAUAGACAAGUACUCCCGGGUCCUCUUUCCUGGGUCUUACAUAUUUUUCAACAUCAUCUACUGGUCUAUUUACUCCUAACACAGAUGGGACUCAAACAGACCUGUGGGUAACCGAGGUCUGAACACUUCGAGCAAAAGUGUGAAAAAUCUGUGGAGACUCAGAUGGUCCGGUGAAUGAAUGAACAACACACAGCACAGCAACACGAUCCACACUAGCCCAACGCAAGUAGCGCAUUGGAACUGACUGCCAAGCUAACUUAUGCCACUGCCGGCCAAAUUGAGAAAUAAAAAGCCACUGACCUACCUUACAGGUUCCAGAUGAGGCGAAUGGAGGGUCAGAGUUUUAAACUGAUUAGGUGUAAGGUUUUCAUAACUUCCACUUCCUGUUAAUACGUCUUUUUAUUUUGGAAUUUUGAAUAGAGUACCGAAACGGCAGUUUCACAGGAUCUGAACAAACUUUCGAAGUGGUAGACAUGUGGCAUCAUUUGUACCACGAGCUACUUUCAAAUUUCACAAGCUUGGUCUGUGCCUAGCUGUGACAUUAGGUGCUUAGCAAAGUUAGCUUAUUUCACCUGUAGUAUCUUUACUCGUUGAUGCCAGGGAACAUUGAAGUUAUUUUGGAGCAUUUCGCUGCCUCCUCCUCCAUCAUUUUUUUCCUUUUGAGUCUGACCUUCUCAGCGCCACCUUUCCCUUUUUCUUUUUUAGCUUUCCAUCAUUAGACUCACACACUAUCUGUUAAUGUUACCAAUAGACUUCCAAACGUGACGAGGAAAAAAAGAGGUGUUCGAUGGCUUUACGUCGGCCUAUGUCAUUUGGGGAGGUGCCGCUCACUGUUCCCACUAUAUUUCUGUCAGGUUGUGACCUGCACUUCGUUAGUGCUUUCUGAUUAGCCUAUGUUUGUAUGGAAAUAAGAGGCUGCUGCGGCCCGCCGCACGGGUUGAGCAGAGGCUGCACAGUUUGACCUGCGGGCAACGGCCGCACACCGGGCCGCCGGAUGGUGUUGCUAAGAACUUGCAAUGUAUAACUGUUAUCAGACCGGCCCUCGCGGCCUCAAAACACUACCGGCUCACAGGGAAAGGUCCUGACUCUCCUGAUUGCCACUCCGCUACUGGAUUAAAGCUUUUGUGUCUUCAAAUUUGAAUGAAAGAAGAAACUUCAAUUGAAAAACAAAACUAGUGUACAUCUUAAGACAGACCUAACACCCCAAACACAUUCUUUUUCACCUCGGUCCUUGAACCCCAGAGGACGUGGAACAGGAGCAAUAAAGCUAAAUCUUUAGUCAGCUAAUCAAAGCACAACAACUACCCAAUGUGGCUUCAUCUUGAUACGGUUUGUGUUCCGUAAUGUGUCCUUUAAGGAUGUUGAAUGUUUGUCAUGAUGCAGCUGUGUCUGGAAAUUUGGAAUUUAAAGUGCCCAUAUAAUGCUCAUUUUCAGGUUCAUAAUUGUAUUUUAAGGUUGUACCAGAAUAGGUUUACAUGGUUUAAUUUAAAAAAA